AUGGCCCCCGCCGCAGCUCGUGCCGUUGACGGCAUUCUAUCUCCCAUUGACCUCAAGACGAUUCCGCCUUUCUAUCGUCGCAAGAAUGGUAUCCUUCUCUACUUCCUCCUCACGUCCUCUCUGCUGGCGAGUAUGGCACUGGGCAUUGACGGGUCAAUGACCAACGGCAUGCAAGUCCUAGAGACUUGGCAGGAGCGCUUCGGCCACCCGACCGGCUCUACACUUGGUUUCUUCGGAGCCGCAAACGCUAUCGGCGGCGUCAUUCCGUUCAUCUUCCUCGGCUGGAUCGGCGAUGUCCUCGGGCGCCGUGUGCCGACGGCGCUGGGAUCUAUCGUCAUCAUCACGGGUGUCCUGAUCGAAUUCUUCGCGACGUCCCUCGACAUGUACAUCGGCGGCAAGAUCGUGCUUGGCUUUGGCUCCUCUCUGAUCCAGAUGGGCGCUCCUGUUCUUGUUACCGAGUUGAGCCAUCCCAAGGAGCGUGUGCAGAUCACCACUUUCUACAACACAUCGAUUGUGCUGGGCUAUGUCAUCGGCGCCUGGGCAACCUUUGGCUGCUACCGCAUCCAGAGCCAGUGGGCGUGGAGGCUGCCGACUCUGAUCCAGAUCAUUCCUUCUGUGUACCAGGGCGCUCUCAUCUUCUUUUGCCCCGAGUCUCCGCGCUGGCUUAUUGCCAAGGGCCGCGUCGAUGAGGCCAGGGCCAUUCUUGUCAAGUACCACGGCGAAUGCAACCCCAACUCCGAACUAGUCGAGUUCGAGUGCGCCGAGAUCCAACAGGUUAUUGCACAGGAGGCCGAGGCAAACAUGACCUGGAAGGAGUUCUUCUCUUCGAUCCCCAACCUCAAGCGUAUAUCUCUGUGCUUCGCCACUGCUGUCUUCAGCCAGAGCUCGGGCAACCUGCUGGUGUCCAACUAUCUGACCCAGAUCCUGAAGGACACUGGCCUGAAGACGGAGUACGAGAUUACCCUCGUCAACGGGAUGGUCACGCUGUGGCAGUACAUCGUUGCCAUCGCCGUUACGUUGCUCAUUGACCGUUUCAAGCGCCGAUUCUUCUUCGUCACUGGCUCUGCUGGAGUCCUGGUCACGUUCGUCGUCUGGACCAUCGCAUCUCAGCAGUACAUCGAAAAGGGCUCCCUCCCAGCGGGCCGCCUGGUGCUGGCGUGCAUCUUCUUCUUCCAGGCCUUCUACACUCUGGCCUGGACCAACCUGAUCGUCACCUACCCUCUGGAGAUCGUGACCUACCAGAUGCGGGCCAAGACGUGGGCGUUCGUCCUGCUGACCAUCCAGGUCGCAUCGAUCUUCGGCGGCUACGUCAACCCGAUCGGACUUGCCAACAUCGGGUGGAAGUUCUACAUCUACUACUGCGUCUGGGUCGCCAUCAUCUUCCUGAUUGUCUACUUCUUCUUCGUGGAGACUGCCGGACCGACUCUCGAGGAGCUGACGUAUCUGUUUGAGGGCAAGGAUACCAAGAUGCACAUGACCCAUCAGAUCGAGGCGAAGCGGGAUGCUAUGCACGAUGACAAACCGGAACCGGAUAAUGCUUGA